CAUAUUUGGCAGACUGUGAUCUGCCAUGAUGGAAGGCCCACGUGUUGCAGACUAUUUUGUGGUGGCAGGCAUGACUAAUGCUUCAAAGCCACUCGAAGAGGAAAUACAGUUUAAUGACAGCUGCCACAAAAUAGCUAAACCAAAAGCACCUAUCACUGAUGUGGCUAUCAUUGUGAAAUCAUUGGGCGAAGAAGUUCCCCAAGGGUAUACAUGUGUAGAAACUACUCAAACUGGAUUAUCGGCUGAUCUCAAUAAUGGAAGCUUGAUGGGUCCUCAGAUUUUGCUUUGCUACAAAAGGGGUAGAGAUAAACCACCUCUGACUGACUUAGGAGUUUUAUAUGAAUGGAAAGAGAGGCUAAAGCAUGGAUGUCAGAUCAUUCAAACCACGCCUUACGGCCGACCUGCUAAUAUCAGUGGCGGAACUUCAUCUCAACGAAUCUACAUAACAUAUCGUCGUGCAUCAGAAAACAUGGCCCAGAAUUCCUUGGCUGUCACUGAUAUUUGUAUAAUUAUCCCGAGUAAAGGGGAGACUCCACCGCACACUUUCUGCAGGGUGGACAAAAACCUAAACAGCAGCAUGUGGGGGUCAGCAGUAUAUUUGUGUUACAAGAAGUCCUUGGCCAAGACCAACAGUAUAGCAUACAAAGCUGGUUUGAUAUGUAGGUAUCCAGAGGAAGACUAUGAAUCCUUUCCGUUGCCUUCAUCAGUACCUCUAUUUUGCUUGCCAAUGGGAGCAACCAUUGAAUGUUGGCCUUGUAAUACCAAAUAUCCGCUCCCUGUCUUCUCUACAUUUGUGCUUACAGCAGCUUCUGCAACAAAGGUUUAUGGUGCAGCUAUUCAGUUCUAUGAAGCUCUUCCUCAAGAGAAUCUAACAGACAAGCAACGAUCCCAACUAGGGCUGGUCAGUGCUGCCGACCGAAAACCCAUCCUCUCAAAAACAGCUCACACCAGCAAAUGCAUCUGCCUUCUGUCGCAUUGGCCGUUCUUCGAAGCUUUUCGAAAAUUUCUCACAUUUUUGUACCGUUAUUCAAUCUCUGGGCCUCAUGCACUACCCAUUGAGAAGCACAUCAGUCAUUUCAUGCAUAAUGUCCCAUUUCCUUCUCCUCAAAGGCCUAGGAUUCUUGUGCAGCAAUCACCGCAUGACUAUCUGAUGCUUUGCCAACCUGUAUCAUCGCCAUUACCUUUGAGUGGUGGCAGUUUCACUACUUUGUUGCAGAACCUGGGCCCAGAGAAAGCAAUAAGUCUGCUAUUGUAUGCACUAACCGAACACAAGAUUCUUAUUCACUCUGUCCGACCGGCUGUGUUAACUAGUGUGGCUGAAGCGGUCGUUUCUAUGAUAUUUCCAUUCCAUUGGCCAUGCCCAUACAUUCCUCUCUGUCCAUUGGCUCUGGCAGAUGUCCUUAGUGCCCCUUGCCCUUUCAUCGUAGGAGUUGACUCUCGCUACUUUGACCUGUAUGAUCCUCCAAGUGAUGUAAGCUGUGUGGACCUGGACACUAACACCAUCUCUCAAACUGAUGAUAGAAAAAACCUGACGUGGAAACUGCUUCCUAAGAAAGCUUGUAAAAAUCUGAUCAACUCUUUGAGCAGCAUUUAUGAGCAGCUAGCAGAGAUGCAUCAAAGACCCAGAGACGAAGCUUUAAUGGAGUUAUCAAUAAAUGAUCAUGAUUUCAACUUUGGUAAGAGGAUGCAGGUACUGGAGAUAGAGAUACAAGAAGCUUUCCUGCAAUUCAUGGCUUCGAUACUGAAGGGUUACAGAACUUAUCUUCAACCCAUCACAGAGGCUCCCUCUGAGAAAGCAACAGAUGCAAGCUCACUGUUUGAUCUUCAAGGUUUCCUCAAGAGUCGGGACCGUUCUCACCAGAAGUUUUACUCAUUGAUGACUAAAACACAGAUGUUUAUUCGAUUCAUUGAGGAAUGUUCCUUCGUGAGUGACAAGGAUGCAAGUCUGGCUUUCUUUGAUGAUUGUGUGGACAAAUUGGACGCAGAGCGCCCCGACGAUUUGCAUCUCAUAGAAUUGGAUGAGUCUCACAGAAGCGAACAUACGGUUUUCAUAACACCUCCUGAUCUUCCAAGCUUGCCGAGUGGAGAAGAGUAUCCCCUUCAAUAUAGUUACUCUAGCUUCCCUGUGCUAACACCAGAACUGUUUGACAGACCAGUGGGUUUAUUAAAAACUCCAGCAAGCAGGUUAACUUCAAAAAAUAGUUGUCCCAGCAGUCCAGCACCCAUGGGCAGAAGAACUAAGCAGGAAAUAAAAUCAGCUCAAAAAAUUGCAAAGCGUUAUUCAUCAAUUCCUCAGAUGUGGUCAAAAUGUCUCUUGCGCCAUUGCUAUGGCCUCUGGUUCAUCUGCCUCCCUGCUUAUGUGAAAGUUUGCCAUUCAAAAGUUAGGGCUCUUCGGACUGCGUACGAUGUGUUGAGGAAGAUGCAAGUUAAGAAGUUGGAGCCACCUGAUGAGGUGUGUUACCGUGUUCUGAUGCAGUUAUGUGGGCAGUACGGGCAGCCAGUGCUAGCUGUGAAAGUUCUGUUUGAGAUGAAGAAAGCAGGGGUUCACCCCAAUGCUAUAACAUAUGGUUACUACAAUAAGGCUGUUUUAGAGAGUACAUGGCCAUCAAGCAACAGAGGCGGCUAUUUUCUGUGGAUGAAGAUAAGAAAUGUUGUGCUCGCAAUAGCUCAUUUCCGCAGAGUUUUGAAAAGGGCUCCAGCAAACCCGCCACAAACUCCUGUGCUCUCGGCAGAUGGCAGUGACUUGGAUGCUGUCAGCCACGGCAGCAUGGAUAGCUCUAAUGACCCUAGCACUGCGGAACAACCCCAGUUCAACUCUGAGCUAAUGAAAGUAGAUUCCACUGAUGAUAGAUCUAGUACAGCUAGGCUUGGCUCUAGCUUGAACUAUGGAUAUGACAGUCAGGAUUCCUUGUAUGAAAAGGUCCCGUUUCUCUCUCUCUGGAUUUCCUCAGAACUGAUGGAUGAUCAUAUGUUUUCAGGUGGGCAAUCAGAUCUUGGAUAUAACUCCUUAUCAAAAGAAGAAGUUAGGCGAGGAGACAUAUCUUCAGCACAUGGAUCUGAGCAGCCUUCAGUGGGGCAACCAAUGGAUAAGGAUGGGAAAAAAGAGAGUGACUCCAGUUCAUUGUCUGAGAAUGAAAGUGCAAAGGGCAGUGGGGAUUGUCUGUCCCAAUUGGAUUUUCAAGGAACCAGAAGUGACUUAACAUCUAUGACUAGCAUCGUAAAGAUGAACUGCAGCUUUGAAACUGCCAAUCCAAACCAGACCAAUGCAGAAAACAGUGAAAAUAUGGCAGGCUUGCUGUUUACUGCAUCCUUCGAUAGUGCUGCAUAUCCUGAUCCUCGACUAGGUCAUGGCAGCAGUUUGCACAAGAGACACAAGACCGCUGUGGAACCUGGCUUGAAGCAACAAAUGGUGUGGGGCAGCAGAAACCGCAAUCUUAGUGGUGAUACUUUUGCAGGACUUAGGAUGCACAGAGGAAGCAUAGACACUGACCCCAGGGGAAUUGCGGACAAAUUGGGUGCUGAUGCUAAAAUACUUUCGACAGCUUUACAAAUGGUCACAAGACCAAACACACUCGAGAUCAGCAAACCCAGACAUAUGCAUAAACCGGUCAGCUUGAAUCCAGAAAAGGAGCUGAGUGAUGAAGACACACCGUAUGAUCUGAAUGAAACAUUGGCCAAUGUAGAGGAAGAUAAAACAGAUUCUCCUGCCAUCUUUGACUUAGAAGAUCUGGACAGUGAACCUGAUAAUGCAGUGUCUAGUGGGCAUCCUAACCAUAAACUGAAACAAGGGCUGCAAUCCAAGCAAUUGCAGAGGAGUAUGAGUGCAGGAGCAGGGAUCAAACCAGCAGAAAGAAGGGGGGUUCAAAGAGGCUAUGACCCACUUUCUCUUCUGCUUGCAGAAACCAGUCAAGAGAAAGAGGAGGAGGAAGAGGAUGAAGACUACGACAAAUGUCCCUCUACUAUUUCAGCUCGCCGAAACCUUGCUGAAGAGAUAGAAAUGUACAUGGACUCCAUGAGUAGUCCUUUAACUAGUCGCACACCUAGCAUGGAUUUCUCAAAAACAGAUGACGAUAGCAAAACACCAUCUCAUAUCAAAGGCUUACCUGCAGUCAAGGGAUCCAGGAGGUCUAGCCUUCCAGUGGGCUCACCCAGAGCAAAAGGACUCUGUCGAUCCAGAACGUUUCAACCACAUGGAAAGGGCGAGUUUACUGGCAAGCAAAGAGACAGACUCUGGUCCUCACCAUCAUUCUCUCCAAGUAGCAACAGGAGAGUGGAAAUUCGAGAGACAGGUGGAGUUUUGACUCUUAUGUCUCCACCUCCUUCUAAACUGGAUUCAUUGCUACCACCCACCUUUGACGUGCUAAAACAUAGCAUGUUCUCUGCUGGGAAGGGAGUGGCAGAAAAGGCAAGCAAAUGGUACACCAAAUUGACAACAUUGGCUGUACCUAUCAAAGAUAAUGGCAAGGAGCAUUAUUCUGAGAGAAAUAGUGUCUCUUCAGUUGGAGUAAUGGAUCCUGAUGCAUCAUCUUUAGAUGAGGUGACAUAUGAUGACUCAGACGGAGUAGCUUCACCUCCAGCCUAUAGCACGCCUGCAGACGACACCAAAGGAUGGCAGCAGGCUAGUUUGGAGAGCUCUGGAAACGACGAGGGGACACCUAGGCAGCCAUUGCAAGUUGGCAGCGCUCAGUCAACAAGUUUCAACUUUCCUUUACCAGACAAAUCUGAUGUAGGAUCCUCUCAAUAUACAAGCAGCACCAGUAUCUUCCAGAAUUAUGCCGUAGAGAUUCUUAUCUCCAGCUGUUCACGUUGUCGAACUUGUGACUCACUAGUGUAUGACGAGGAAAUAAUGGCUGGCUGGACAGCAGAUGACUCCAACCUCAACACGACAUGCCCUUUCUGCGGCAACUUGUUCCUUCCUUUCCUUGGCAUUGAAAUUCGAGAUCUGCGAGGUCCUGGCAGGUAUUUUCUGAAAUCGAGUCCGUCUACAGAAAGUAUGCAGAGUUUGCAAUCUGGACCAUCCUAUCCGGGAACAAAGGACCUGAUGGUCUCCCCGCCUGGUCUGGGUAUGAUCGAUGUCAACAAGCCUCACUCACCAAGAAUUACAGUGCAAGGAGUUUCAGUCACACAAGGAAAUGAUCAGCCUGUGCCAGCAAGAUGUAUUCAGAUCCCUUCAGGUAGAAGGCAUGCAUUCAACGAGUCCCUAUUGUUGGGGCAGACGGUUGCGAGAAGCAUUAGUGGAUGCAGUUCUAUAGCUGAGGAGCCUAAUACUCGGCACCACAUACACACUGUUCCAACAGGCAGCCUACCAACAAAUCUCAGUGAAUCAAUGGAUCGAUUGGGCUUUGAAUGGCAAUUACCAAAUCCUGACCCUAUAACUGUUCCUUACUUGAGCCCCUUGGUGUUGUGGAAAGAGUUAGAAAGUUUACUUGAGAAUGAAGGUGAUCAAGUAAUAUCUAUGGCAACAUUUGUGGAUCACCAUCCAAUUGUAUUCUGGAAUUUGGUGUGGUAUUUUCGGCGUAUCGAUCUACCCACCAACCUGCCAGGACUUGUACUAACUUCAGAGCACUGUAACAAAGGCAUGACGGUUCCUCGUAGUUGGAUGUCAGAGGACAGUAAACAUGUUUUAAUUCAGGUGCUGUGGGACAAUCUAAAAUUACAUCAAGAUCCCAGUCAGCCUUUCUACAUUCUCUGGAAUGCUAAGAGUCUAAAUUACACUCUUUUAUUUGAGACUAAAAAGCAUCCCCUUGUUCAAACACUGCGAGAUGGAGGCUGUUUAUUUAACAAGGACUUUCUAGAUAGCAUUGUGAAGAGUAUUCAGAUGAAUAAUAUCUAUAAGCCAAUAAGCAAGAUUCUUGAGGUGCUGAGCAUGCAACCAUACUUUAGACGGCAAAGGAGUUUAUACAGAGAGAUUCUGUUCCUCUCACUUGUGGCACUUGGAAAAGACAACAUUGACAUAGAUAUAUUUGACCGUGAAUAUAAGAAGGCAUAUGAUCAGCUAACUCCCAGCCAAGUAAAGCUGACCCAUAAUUGUGACCGGCCUCCCAGCUCUGGGGUUAUGGAAUGUCGCAGAAUCUUUGGUGAACCCUACCUCUAAGAAUUCUGAUUGACAUUGCUGAAAUUGUGGUCUGACAUCAAUGAUGUGUAACUAUCACGUUGUGCAAUGGAAAUUCAAUACUUGGUCUUUCCAAAUAUACCAUUGUUAAGUUAUGAUAACCUUUUGAUGGGUUAAAUGACAGAAGUGUACAGAAAAUGAAUUCACAUGGAAAGCUAUGUAAAUAUAAUUUGAUGGUAUUUUAAAUAGUUUUGUAUUAUAGUGCUAUUGGAUCAGGUCAACAAGAAGGAAGGCAUAAACAAGAGGGCUCAACUGUUCAGAGUAUGCUGCUAAUAUGUACAUAAUCGACCUGGCUACUGUUGCAUCUCAUCAAGUCUGUUACCUGUAUGUUCUUUUUUAGAAGUACUUUCAGCCUAAGUUGUAUAAAUGUUCAUAGAGGAGAAAUGUGUAGCAGAGACACUUUAUGUAAAAGUGACAUGUUUUUCCACAUAAGUUGUAAGUUCACUAUUUGUAUAUUUAAAUAAGGAAAUCUUUUGAUGCUAUCUACUUUAUAAUUAUGUAUACUUAUAUAAUGCAGCUUCAAAAUACGCUUGAUACAUAUAUAAUGUGGUCUAACAUGUUCCUUUUAGAAUUUGCUUUGCAGUUUUUGUGGUACUUUACUUUCUGAGAGAAAUGAUGCAUCACGUUCCGCCUCCUGAAUCCCUGUCCUGAAAGGAUGAGACAAUCCAGUGAUUGGGGCUGUAAUGCUUGAGGGCCAGAGAGACGGGCUGUCUAUUUAAAAUAUAUUUGAGUACUAAUUGAAAAGAAGUUGAGGUCAAAGAUAAUGUGUGUGUGUGUAAACUCUUUUUUUAAUGUUUGAAGAUGAGUUUCCUAUGGGAAAGUAAAAUUGUAUUUAUUAGCUUAUUAAAUAACACUUUUUGAAUAAUCA